UUUUGUGUAUCGUGUAUUUAGGGGUCGCUGAAUUCAUUUCUGACGAGAUUUGAUCGUGAAAGGCACCCUAAUGGGCGGAGCCAGGUGCGUGAAGGGGGGUAAAACGAACCUUAUUGCUGAAUUCUCGCAAAACUUUAGAUUUGAGGGUUUCAUUGGUAGUGAAAAUCAUUUCUGAGGAGAUAAGAAGACAAAAGAUAUACCCAGGAGACGACCAAACGCGCCUCUUGUGCCGCCUAUUGGUACUGGCUGCACCCGAGGCCUGCGAAACGUUGCAUGUCUUGGCGUAACAGCAUGACCACGGAAGUUGUAUCACUAUCGGUGGCAGUCCAAAACGAUGUCUGGUGUGGCACAGUGUCUGGCAGAGCUGGCUGGAGUAGCCAGCGCGCGUAGCGCCUCUGCCGUCCUCUCCCGAGGGCGCGGUGCGGUAGCGGCGGUGUGGCGCGGCGAGACGAAGUCGCAUGUUUGACGUCGAUUUGAAGGAAAACGGCAUCGAACGGCAUCGCCGGACGAAAUGGACAUGAAAGUGGGGUCACCAUAAUAUCUCACCACGGUGCCCGACCGGUUCGCAAAUGUUCGCAACUCGACUUAUCCCUCGUCAAAAAAGUCGCAGACGACGAUUUUCGCAAACAUUUGAAGACCCGCAGUUUCCACACUUUUCGUUUGAAACCGAUUCCAAUGAAUGUACUGGACUGCUUGAUUUUUUGCCUUUCCAAAAACAUAUAAAACAUGUUAUUUUGCUCUGCAACAGCGAUAGGAGUAGCCUUUCUUACCCGACCCCCGCCAAAUGUAUCAUUUUCUCGCAAAAUUGCUCUACUUUGAGGUCGCUAAACGGCAAGUAGUAGUUAUUUGAGGUGCACAAAAUGUUCGUAACUGUAUAGAAUGGUCCUUUCUGAGUUCAAAAACGUCGGCCCCAUCCCUCUGGGACAAAAACGGCGAAAUCGGACUUACGUGCGACUUUUUCCGGUUUCGCCCCACUGUGCGGCGCUGCUCUGACUCGGACUCCAACAACGAUGUUGACGACGAGCUGGAGACCAUGGAGACCAGCUCAGAAGACAGCUCGGAAGAAGAGGACGACAAUGAGCCUGAAGACGAGGAGAACGAGCUUGAUGACGACCGUGAUGAGGACGAGGCGAUGGAGGUUGACCGCGGGCAGCAAGCGACCGCCGAAGAAGUGGCCGAGGACGCCGGUGAGUCCGAGGACGGCGGCGAGGACGGCGAUGAGGACGUCGCCGAGGACGGCGAUGAGGACGGCGCCGAGGACGACCGGUCCAACGCUGGUGGCAAUGACAUUGAAGAGGAGGACACCGACGAGCCAAUCCCUAUCGACAGCUCUAUCAAGGACCAAUGGGACGACGUCUGUCGGAUGCUCGGUCUGGAAGCCGGGGUUUCUUUCCACCUGUACGUGGCCGCGGACGAUGACCCGCCUGUCAGCGAAGUAUGGACUGCGGAAAGGUUUGCCGAGGAGCAGAUCGCGCUGCGCCCAGUCACGGAGGAGCCCAACGUGAUCGACGGCGAGGAGGAGGAAGACGGAGACGACGUGGAGCCGCCCCGCCCUCUGACAAUGGCCGAGGGCUUGGAAAGGCUGGAGGGGCUUAAGCGGUACCUCUGUCAACAGCAGGACCUACCUGAGGAAAUGAUGGCCCUCGUGAGCCGUUUAGAAACCUUUCUUUUGACAUCUCAAAAGAAAAAACAAACUACAAUUGAUGAUUAUUUCAAGUCCUUGUAACAGCAUGCAACAGCAUGUGCACCAAUUUUAUGUUUUAACUAAUAAUAUAUGAUUUUAGUUACCUAAUUAGAAACCAAACCUGUAAUUAAACCAUUUUUUUCAAAAAUAAGUUGUCUCUUUUUU